AUGGGGUGUCAGGGGGAGAAACUAGAGUUACCCUUGAGAUCGCUGUUUAUGUAAUAACUGGACUGCUGUAAGGUGCCUGUGAAGGAAAAAGCCUCUUAAGUGCUCCAAACUGAGAGUAGACUGGACAGGACUGAAAAAAGGCUCCUGGUUUGUUGGUGGUAACCCUAAGCUGAAACAGGGCCUUAAAUCAGGGUGGACCCAGCAGGCAGCAGCUGGGACCUGUCACAUUAUACGCAGUACCAGAGUGGGACGAGGGCACCUGAAUACAGGCUGUGAGAGAGGAUAGCGGGGUCUGAGUGAGAGUAGACCAAACACAGGGGAACAAGGACGCCAGUGCAGCAGCAGCAGACGCAGCAGAGGCCAACGUAGGACUUGGGAGAGACUUUCCCCCAGCUUGAGGCAGGGGGAUCACAGAUUUCUGUCACUAGAGACUGCAUAGAGUUUUCCAACUUCUUUGUAACAGGAUCUGUUUGGAAAAAGAGACAACACAAUGGAUAAGGAUGCUCUCCUGGACUAUGAGUAUCCAGAUCUGGAUCCACUGCCAUCCAAAAUUGAAACAGAAACUAUCCCACCAUGUGACCCCACUGCAGAUGACAUGCUCUAUCAUAUAUGCAUCACUGCAAUAUCUCUGGUCAUCAUGCUAAUUCUAGCCAUCCUGGCCAGACGCACAAAGGUGGGCAAAAGACAGAAAGGGCUUCCAGGUUUACUAAGUCCGGUCAACUUCCUGGACCAUACACAGCACAAGGGUCUGGCAGUGGCUGUGUUUGGAGUGCUGUUGUGCAAACUGUGGGGAUUGCUCGUAUCCCCAAAUCCCCUUCCUUUCAACGCGGACUCCACAAACAAACAGAACUGGGUGAUUCUGGGAGUCUUCUACUACCCCGCUCUAUACUACCCUCUCCUGGCAUGUGGCACUUUACAUAAUAAAGUUGGCUAUGUACUUGGCAGCCUCUUAUCAUGGACACAUUUUAGUGUUCUUGUGUGGCAAAAGAUCGACUGUCCCAAAACACCUCUGAUUUAUAAGUACUACUCGCUGUUUUCCAGCCUGCCUCAGAUAACUUGCUUAGCAUUCCUCAGUUUCCAGUAUCCACUGCUUCUAUUCAAAGGCUUCAAGGGUGCUGAACGGACCAACCCCACAGAGGAUCUCAGUAGCAGCUAUUAUAGAGACUAUGUAAAGAAAGUUCUUUAUCAGAAGAAGCCCAGCAAAGUCAACACAUCAAGCACAGACAAACCAAAACUACAACAGCGAGUAACUGAUGCUGUGAGAUCUUAUAUUUACACUCCAGGGGAAGCUUUCCGUUUCCCGCUGAAGUUGGCAAUAUCUUGUGUAGUUUCUUUUAUAACCCUGUAUCAGACGGGUCUUGUAUUGAUCUCUUUUGUGGUGCCAACAAUACAGAAAGCCAGGUUUGGCGUCAAUGAAGAUAUUGCAAAUUUUUUAGCUGGCUUCCAGAUAAUUCUGUCUCCAGACAGAAAGGAAGUUGUCAGAAUUGUUGUUUACUACAUGUGGUGUGUGGAAGUGUGCUACAUCUCAGCAAUGACUCUGUCUUGUUUGGUCAACUUGGUUCUGCUCAUGCGGUCAAUGGUUUUGCAUCGGUCCAACCUAAAGGGGCUGUACAGAGGAGAUAUUUAUAAUGUCUACAACUGCCAGCGAAGCAUCAGAGCAUCCAGGCCAGCUCUGGUCUGCUGGAUGGGCUACACCAGCUUUACAGCAGCUCAUAUCUGUAUUGGUAUGAUCAUUCAGACCUUAGUGUUCUUCCUCUGCCUUCUGAUCGCUGUCUUCCUCAUAAUCAUACCCAUUUUGCACAGACAGAAUCUGAUUCUUUUUCAGAUCCUAUUGAGAAUGUGGCCUUUCUGGUUGAUGAUUCUCCUAGCUGUGGUGCUUCAGCACAUCACUGCAAGGUUUUGCUUCAUCAAGAAAACAGCCGGAACUCGAGACUUAAACAACAGGGGUAAUCUGUUCCUGCUGACAUAUCUGCUGUUUCCCGUCAAUGUUCUGAUUGGAGUGUUACUGGCUGUCUGGCGCAUGAUCAUCACUGCCCUGUUCAAUAUCGUCCACAUGGGACGCAUGGAUAUUAGCCUUCUUAACCGCAAUGUGGAGGCAUUUGAUCCGGCCUACCGCUGCUAUGCUCAUUAUCUGAAGAUUGAGGUGAGCCAGUCUCACCCUGUGAUGAAGGCCUUCUGCGGGAUGCUGCUGCAGUCUUUGGACCAGGAGAACAAAGCUGUACACAAGUCACGGGAUGCUGAAGAGGGGAUCCAGCUGGUGCAGCAGGAGAAGAAACUGCACAAUAUCUCCAGUGCCAAGCAGGCUCGGAUGCACUGGCAGCUCCUCUACACCCUGGUCAACAACCCCUCCCUGGUGAGCACCAGAAAGCACUUCCAGCUUCAGACAGCAGAUAAUUUCCUGAAUGGAAGCCUCAACCGCAGCAGCAAGCAGGGCAGCAGAAAGGAAGUAACACCCAAAGAGGCAGAGGCCACAGCCAGCAACUGAACCAGAGCGUUUGACCCUCAUAAUGUUCUGGCUUCCGAAGCUACAAUGAUUUGGAUCAAAUCUUAUUGUGAGAUUUCUCAAAACCUACAAUAGAUGUACCUGCGACUUGCAUUAUACAAUGUCUUGCAUGAGUAUUCCUAUCCAUUGAAAUGCUUCACAUUUUGUCAACUUUCAACUACAAACUUGAGAGUUUUUUGGAGGAGGUUUGUGUGAUAGAGCAACAUACACUAAUGCAUAUUUGUGAAAUGCAAUGAAAAUGAUACAUGGUUUUCCAUAGUUUUAAUAAGUAAAAUCCUGAACAUUUUGGCAUGCAU